UCGAGAACAAUUAGAACUCAUUUCCCCUCUGAUGGUACAUUGUAAAAUAGUUUAGACAUUAAUUUUUUUAGGUUACCUUUUACUAUAAGUAGUUCCAUAAACAAACCUAUAAAAACGGACAGAAGAGCGCGGUCCUUCAAAUAAUAAAUGUUGAAGUUUUAAGCUAUUGUUUCUUCAUAUAAAUUAAAAAAAAGUAAUAGGGAAAGAUUAAUGCGGACAGAAUUCCCACCUCCAUCUUUUGGCUGAUAUUUCUAACAUUGGAUUAAGAAUGUCCACUCUCACAUGUGUUCUUAGCAACGACUUGAAGCAGGGAGAAGCCAUUGAUAUGUCAGUGAGAGAAACGCUCUGAUUGGGCGACCGUAACGCCCACUGUCAGUUAUUGCAAACUAGUUUUAAAGAAGACAUCAAUUUUCAAUUUAGCACGUGGUUAAAACGUGUUGAGAUAUUUUAUUACACUAAAAUAAGCAUUUGAUUUGUUAAACAAAUAUGUCAGUACCUAAUAAAGUUUUAAUGCGAAAAAUUAAGAAGAAAGAAAGGAAGAAACUUGAAGUAUUGAAAGAACGGGAGAAGCAAGUACAAGGUUAUAAAUGUGAAGCCCCAAUUGAAAAUUUGGAAGAUGAUAUUCAAGAAAAUGAGACAGAUGUUAUAAAUGAAUCGAAACGACGUCACUCACAAGAAAGUGUGCCAGUAAAAAAGAAACGAAAAAAAAACGAAGAUGAUCAAAUAUCACAAGAAAACAAUACUAAUAGUAUAGAUGAAAAUUUACCUGGAUCUGCAAUGGGUCUAACGAUAGCAAAUGAUACAAAUUUUAAGGUAUUAGCAGAAUCUGUUUGUGAAAAUACUUUAAAAGCAAUAGAAGACAUGGGUUUUACAAACAUGACAGAAAUACAAGCAAAAGCUAUUCCUCCUUUACUAGAAGGAAGAGAUCUAGUGGGUUCUGCAAAAACAGGAUCUGGGAAAACUUUAGCAUUUUUAAUACCUGCUGUUGAAUUAAUUUAUAAAUUGAAAUUUAUGCCUCGCAAUGGCACAGGUUGUAUUAUUAUAUCUCCAACACGAGAGUUGUCUAUGCAAACAUUUGGAGUUUUAAAAGAACUAAUGAAAUAUCAUUACCAUACAUAUGGUUUACUAAUGGGGGGUGCUAAUAGACAGACUGAAGCUCAAAAACUUGCAAAAGGAAUUAAUAUUAUCGUAGCUACCCCUGGUAGAUUAUUGGAUCAUUUACAAAAUACAGCAGACUUUUUGUAUAAAAAUCUUCAAUGUCUGGUUAUUGAUGAAGCUGAUCGUAUCUUAGAUAUUGGUUUUGAAGAAGAACUGAAACAAAUUAUUAACAUUUUACCAAAAAAGAGACUAACAAUGUUGUUCAGUGCAACACAAACCAAGCGAACGGAAAUGUUAACAACUUUAGCUUUAAAAAAAGAACCAGUUUAUGUUGGUGUUGAUGAUGAUAAGGAAAAGGCAACAGUAGAAGGUUUAGAACAGGGUUAUGUUGUGUGCCCCAGUGAAAAGAGAUUUUUACUUUUAUUUACUUUUUUAAAAAAGAACAGAAAGAAAAAGGUUAUGGUUUUCUUCAGUUCGUGCAUGUCAGUCAAAUAUCACCAUGAACUACUAAAUUACAUUGAUUUGCCAGUAUUAAGCAUACAUGGGAAACAGAAACAAACGAAGAGAACAACAACAUUUUUCCAAUUCUGUAACGCGUCUUCUGGUAUACUCCUUUGUACUGAUGUGGCUGCUCGUGGUCUUGAUAUACCAGCUGUUGAUUGGAUUGUACAAUAUGAUCCUCCAGAUGAUCCUAAGGAAUAUAUUCAUCGUGUUGGUAGAACAGCUCGAGGAGAAGGUAGUAGCGGUCAUGCGUUACUAAUUUUAAGGCCAGAGGAACUUGGUUUCCUCCGUUAUCUUAAACAGGCUAGAGUACCUGUAAACGAAUUUGAUUUUUCAUGGAAUAAAAUUGCUGAUAUACAAUUACAGCUUGAAAAAUUGGUUUCGAAGAAUUAUUUCUUAAAUAUGUCAGCAAAAGAAGCCUUCAAAGCAUAUGUGAGGGCAUAUGAUUCUCAUCAUUUGAAACAAAUUUUUGACAUUGAGACCCUGGACUUAUCGAAGGUCGCAAAAUCUUUUGGGUUCGUGGUUCCACCAGCUGUGGAUUUGAAAGUGGGAAUAAGUAAAAAUUCCCGACCACGAAAAAAAUUAGGUGGGGGUUAUGGAUACUCUAAAUUUAAAUCACGGUCUAACUUUUAAAUUGAUUAUCUUAUAUAAAAUGCAAAAUACAAUUUAUCUAAUUUUAUGAAGAAAUAAGAUAUAUUUCAUAAAACAUAAUUCUUUAUUUACCUUUUUAAGGUAUUGUACAAUAUGCAAGAUUUGUAUAAAAUAUUACAAAAUUUAUAAAUAAGACAUGUGUGGAUAUUUAUUUCCUGGAACAGUUGUAUUGUUUGUAAGAGUAUUUUAAAUGGUAACUAAUGAAUUAUUUAUGUAUACUGCAAUUUGUAAAACUAUAUAACAACUAUUGCUGUAUGUAAUUAUUUUAUUAUCACAGUAUGAAGUAUAAUAUAGAGCUAUAGAAUCCAUCUAGAUAUAUGAUAAUAUUUUUUACAGCUGUAUUAAAUUAGGUUAGAUUUAAAUAAAGUUAACUUUUUCAAGGAAAAAUUUGAUUCAUCCGUAAAGAUCUUAUUUCAUGCUACACUAGCAAAUAUUUAAUUACGCUAUAUUAAUAUUUCAUUUUAUUUUUUUAUUUUUUGUGACUAAAAGAUAAAUAGCAUACUAGUUAAUUAUGCUAUGAUCCAUGAAACAGUUUUUAAAGUAAUUACACAGAAUAUAUUCUCAAAAAAAAGUGGUAAAACUUGUCUUGUGGCACUAUAGCUUAUUGAUAUAAAAGUAAUGAAAGACUGUAAACAGAUGUAAAGUAUCUCACAUAAAUAUAUUGUAAAGUAGUCAGCGUCACUAAAAUAUGGUGGCAAUAAAUUAUAUAUUAUGUUAUUAUAUAUAGACGGUGCUGCUUAAGUAUUAUAAAAUAACCAACAUAUUCUUUUAAUUAUUUA